GCCGUCUACAGUGGGGCCACCCUGAUAUUAGCCGUGAAAGAAGCUUGACCAGCGCGCCUGUCGCAAGUGCUUUUCACCAAUGUCGGCCCCCGGGGGCCUCGCCAUCCUUGUGGAUGAGAAACGGGUGAAUGAACUCUUACAACAGAAGAGCGGGAUCAAGGCGUUGCUCCGGUCAGCUUUCAACACGAUUCUUUUUGUGUGCUUCCUUCUGCUCUUCACCUCCUUAGCCCUCAGCGAGCCACGUGACAAGAUGCGAGCCUUCGAAGGCUUCCUGCGGAAGCGUUUCGAUGAAGCCUCACCCAUUCGACUGAACAGUGUUCAUUCAGUGGAUAGCUUCUGGAGGUAUUUCAACGAAUCCUUCCAGCCGGCCAUCUAUGGUGCAGAUACGGCCAGAUAUUACUUUCCCGGAGCGGUGGUUCCCACCUGGCUUCAGGUGCUGGGGCCCAACUACCUUUAUGGCAUGGGACGGAUGCGCGUGUUGAAUGUACAGCCCGACUCGGGGUGCCAGGCCAAACCGAGGCCGGUGACACGGAGGUGACCGAGGUGGCGCAGCAAUACCGGAGCUAUUUUCCCACGUGCUACGGCGCCUUCGACAUUGAUGCGAUGGAUCGUGAGUCCUUUGGGCCUCCCAACGAAGAGGGGGUUCCAAGCUAUGAUUUCUCCCGUGAGUUGAGUAUGGAGAGACAUGAAGGCUACCUAGCCACUUAUCCCUCUGGAGGCUAUAUGGAGAUGUUUACUCCAGACUACCCGACCACGCACGACAAAUUCCUGCAGAUGCAACAGGAUGGCUUCAUCAGUGAGAAGACUCGCGCGAUCUUUUUGGAAUUCACCAUCUACAAUUUCAACCUCGGCCUUUAUGGAGUGAACCGGAUUGUAUUUGAGGUUGCAGCUGCUGGUGAUUGGACACAAACCUAUGAAAUUGAUGUCCUCUUACAGAGGCACUUGCAGCCCUUGGGCACAGGAACAGCCGAGGAUUGGCUCAUUUUGAUUUUGGAGGCAGGCUUGGUGCUCUUCGUUCUGCGCUAUGUCUUGGAGGAAGCAUCCGAAUUCGUGGGCGUGGAGUC